GAGUUUAGGUUUCGAUACGUCAUCAGAUCGACUACGCGUUGUCAUUGGUUGAAUCAUGAAGCAGCCUCGUGGAGACCAGUUUCCAACUGACGCAUCCAAAGACGUCGACAUUUUGACUCCGCGGAGCUACGUUAUAGUAACAUGUGAGGAAAACUACAGCAAUGCUUUUCAAAGUACAGUACCAAGGAAAGAAGUACAUCAAACUCAAUGGAGCAUCAUAUCCAGAAUUUCUCAGGGAGGCUAAAGAGAAAUUCAGCAUACCCCCUGAGACAAACAUAUAUGUGCUGGAUGACAGUGGAACAGAGGUUGACGAAGAGGUCUUCAGCGACAUCCUGGAGGAAAAAUCAGACAUCCUGUGGACCAUUGUUAAUGUUCUUUCAGUUUCUGACUCUCCCGUCCAGUCCUCGUGCACAGACACCUUGUCACUAUCAUCACACUCAUCGGACAGUGAUGCUUUUGUGAUGUCCCCAAAAAGUCUACAAACUGAUGACAGUUCCUCACAAGCCAAAGAGCUUGUCAAAAGAAUUCUGGAACAAAAGCCUGGAGGGGAGAAAAUCCUUGCAAAAUAUGCAAUGACAGGAGAGAUGAAGGACCGAGCAUGCCGUGAUCUCGUCAGCAUUGUUGUUGCUGAAAUGUUUGAUAAGUAUGGACGUGCUCCCCCUAUGGAGAAAAGAGCACAGUAUGCAUUGGGGAUAGUAACACUGUUCCCCUCUCUAAAAGAUCCCUACUCAAAAAAAGGCUAUGAACACUUUUUUGACAUAGACAGCAAUGAGGGCUACAUUGCCUGGAAGAUUAAAAACACACAGCGAGAACUCAGCAAUGGAGGUACCAGUGGGGGUAGGAGAAGGAGCUCUCACACUACGAACAACAGCGGACCAAACUUAGAGAGAGAAGGUGCAGCAGUUGGAGGGAGACCAGUGUCGUGA